AUGGAGUUAGGAAGUGUACUCGAGUUUCUCGAAGAAAAAACCAUUUUGAUUACUGGUGGCACGGGUUUCUUGGCAAAACUUUUGUUGGAGAAGAUACUGCGAGUUCAACCAAAUAUUAAGAAGAUUUAUAUUCUACUAAGGGCAGUUGAUGUCAAAUCUGCUGGUCAUCGAUUUGACACUGAGAUAAUAGGGAAGGAAUUGUUUAGAUUGCUAAAGGAAAAAAUGGGGAAGAAUUUUACAACAUUUCUUUCAGAAAAGUUGACUUUGAUACCCGGAGACGUCUCUCUUGAAGAUUUGGGACUUAAGGAUUCUAUUAUAAAGGAAGAAAUUUAUAAUCACACAGAUGUUAUUGUUAAUUUAGCUGCAAAUACUAACUUUGAUGAAAGGUAUGAUAUAUCUUUGGGUCUUAAUACAUUUGGGACUAAGUAUAUUAUCAACUUUGCCAAAAAGUGUAAUAAACUCAAGGUUCUUGUACAUGUAUCAACAGCUUAUGUAUGUGGGGAGGGAGAAGGACUCAUAUUAGAGAAACCAUAUCAAUUAGGCCAUUCCUUAAAUGGAGUGCAUGGGUUAAAUAUCGAUGAAGAAGAGAAAGUGGUGCAAGAAAAAUUGUUUGAGCUACAGCAGCUAGGAGCAACUGAGGAUGAAAUUAAAGUGGUCAUGAAGAAUUUGGGUCUUAGCAGGGCAAAGCUAUACGGAUGGCCAAAUACAUAUGUAUUCACAAAGGCAAUGGGAGAAAUGCUUGUGGAGCAAUUGAAAGAAAAUUUGUCUGUUGUUAUUGUUCGCCCUGCCAUUGUUACUAGUACAUUUAAAGAACCUUUUCCUGGUUGGGGUGAAGGUGUAAGGACCAUUGACAGUUUAGCCUUGGCUUAUGGAAAAGGAAAAUUAACAUGCUUCCUUGGAGAUGUUAAGGCAAUUGUUGAUGCGAUACCAGCUGAUAUGGUGGUGAAUGCAAUGCUAGUAGCCAUUGUGGCUCAUGCAAAUAAUCCAAGUGAUGAUUCUAUAUAUCAUGUUGGUUCCUCUCUUAGAAGGCCUCUCAUAUACAAUGAUCUUCAAGAAUUUGGCUUUAGACAUUUCUCAGCAAAACCAUGGUUAAACAGCGAUGGAAAGCCUAUUAAGGUUGGCAGAGUUCAAGUGUUUGGUGACAUGGAUAGCUUCAGAAGAUUUAUGUUCAUUCGAUACUUUCUUCUAUUAAAGGGACUCGAGCUUGCGAAUACAGCAUUCUGCAAGUAUUUCCAAGGCACAUAUGAUGAUUUCAAAAGGAAGAUACAUAGUGUGAUGCGGUUGGUGGAUCUUUACAAACCUUACUUGUUCUUCAAGGGAGUAUUUGAUGACAUCAAUACUGAGAAAUUGCGAAUGGCGGCAAGCCAAGGUGGGGUGGAGACAGAUUUGUUCUACUUUGAUCCAAAAGUGAUUAAUUGGGAUGACUACUUCUUGAACAUCCACCUCCCUGGUGUGGUGAAAUACACUAGGAAAUGAUGCCAUAUAAAUAUGUCCAACUUUAAUAUGUUUGAUGAAACUUUAUAAUAAUUUUAUCAUGUUUAAAUGUGUGUUGUAAGAAUACAAUUACUUAUAAUUAUGUUAUUUGUUGUUUAA